UCUGUAUUAAACCCUCGACCAUUUCAAUCAUUUAAAUAAAAAUGUUAUUUUACAUUAUUUUCAUAUCAUAUUCCUUUGUUAUUGUUUUGGCAGAUAAUAUUGAUUUAAGUGAAUAUAUUACAGAGCUUUACAUUACAAACGGAUACAUGGAAAAAGCUUAUGACAUGGUUGGUAAUCAUGGAAAUCUGAAUGGAUUGGCGUAUACAAUUAAAACAACUAUUGGUCGAGAUGCAUAUACAAUGGAUGAAUUAAAUUUUAUGUUUGCAAUACCGGAUCAAGCAGACGUUUUUGAUCUCAAAAAAUACCUUGGACGCCAAAGAAUAUUGCAAAACGAAAUAUUCAUGGCCUUACGUAUUGACAAGCCUCCAAUAAGCAGAGAUGUUCAUUGGACAGAACUUGGAUGUAAUAGAAGAGUAAUAGUUAGAAAGGCUAUAAUACAACUGUUCGUUAACGAUGUAUACCCUACAAACGGUGGUACUUAUAGUAUAAAUCAAAAAUGUCUUUUAAUUGGAUUGGCAUUGAGUACAAAACGUCCAUUACAAUAUACAGAAUAUGUUGAAGUGAAAAAUAAUUGUACUUGUGUCAUAAAUAAUGUAAAAGGCAUUCAUUCUUUAUAUAAAGAGUUUGACAACGAAUUUUAUGAAGUAGAGUAUGAGCAAGGAUGUAUACAAAUUCAAAGCCUAAUUGAGCAGUUAAAUAUGGAAACAUUUGGAUAAAAAACUCCUUUACAGUCAAGAUUAUUUUUAAUAAUUAACUCAUA